CAGAUGUUAGACUAGUCGUGUUUUUAACGUUGAUCCGUACAUUUAUGUAAUUUUGUCCUUUUAUUAGUUUUGUUUAUAUUUUUAUAUUUUAUAAAAUAAUUAUGUGUCGUGUAAUUCUCGAAGUCGACAUCACACCUAACAGACGAAUUUUACAAAAUGCGUAAGUGUUAGUAAUUUUUAAUUAUUUAGCUAUAUAUUUAUAUAUAUAUUUUUUUUAUUCAGUGAGAUAAUUGACUCGCCAGUCGUUCGGGUAGCCAACCCUGACACUAUUAUUUAUUUAAGACGGUUGCACCAAGAAUACUCACUAAUAAAUAAUUCAGGCGAGAGGAGGAGGAUAUGGUCAGCACAUGCGAGAUCGGUUUCUUUACGGUGUAAUGUAGAAUUGAGAGUUGUGUGUAUGUUAAUGCGUGAUAGUCACUAUGAUCGAUCGAUUCCUGAAGAUGAGAUUAUAGUAAGUUUAAAAAUACGAAUAUUCAAAUAUUGUAGAUAAUAUGAUUAGAUUUACUAAUAUCAGUUAAUUUAUUAUAGAUUCAAUUAUCGUUUCGUGUUUUGAUACAGUCAUCUAGAUCGAUCCGUAGGCAUACACAAUAUUAUAUUAUAAUGCAGUUAGUUUACGGGUUCCGAAGAAUAGCGAUGUUUGAUUCGGAACGUAUUAGGGAUCAAAUAGAAACAGAAUGGACGAUGAAUGUUUUAACCAUUCUGACAUAUCUACAUUUUGAUCUAUACACUUCUCGUUUUAUUCUUCAAAGAAUAAGAAAUCUAAACUAACUUAUUUACUAAAAUUAAUGAACUAAUAAAUAAUAUUUUCCUUAUUACCAUACAUCAGUUUAUAUUAUUUCAGAAAAACUAUAUGCUCACUACCUUUACUAGCAUAAUAUCUAUUUUUACCUAGCAUAAUGUUUCUCGAAAUAUUCAAAAAUAUUUCAAAAAACCAUAAUUCUAUCAAAGUAAAUGUUUAAAUAAAAUGUUUCUCCCCCUUCUUCACUAUAAAAAUGUUUGAAAUCGACGGACGGUCGGUACCUUACCCCGUGUGGGUAUGACCGGUCAGUGUGUAUCCAGUCUUCAGUCCGGUGUACACACAUUUCGCGAUAGUUUUUUACAUCAGAUUUCUUCAGAUACGAAAUUAUCUACUUAUACGAGAUUUUUAUUUACCAUAGUAGGUAUUAAUUAUUAUUAUUAUUUUUUUUUUUUUUAUAUUUCGUUUGUCAUUACCGGAAAAAAUGUGAGUAUUUUGUUUUAUAUUAUUCAUAAGAUAUUUAAGAAUUACAUAUAAUUUAUUCGACUUUUAGAUGUCUAACAAUUCUUCACCGAGUACUCCGGUGUAUGAAGGAGAUGAGUUUAAUAGACGUCUGGCGGGGAUACCUAUGGAGGGUAGCCAAAACACGGAUCACCAGUCUCCAGUUGUCAUUGAAGGCAACUUUUUCAUGUAUGGUGAGAUGACUCAAUCCGGAGAUAGUGGUUACUCCACUAACCCGAGCACGCAGGUUGAAAAUCGUGACUGGCAUAGAGCUUAUUCUCCUUUUAGUCCCUCUGCAAGUCCACCUCAACUAUCACAGAUGGAGAAUCGGGUACGAUCUUUGUCUCCGGAUCAACCUGUUUUUAUGGAGGAAGUUUCGCCCGAUAUGUUCCCGCCGACAACACCGAGGGCAUACGCACUGAGGGUGAGAAACGAUCUCUUCCCGGAGGUAGUUUCUCAGCCCAUGGUACCCCCCGAAUUCAACUUGUUAAUUGUCGGGGAAAUUAUGAACACGUCGCGGCAUUCUGGAGGGCAAUCACCAGAAAUGGAUUGGAGUGAUGACGGAAAUGAUGAGGAGUUUAUCCGUCAUAUGGAGGCAUAUGAAGAAGAUGAAGAGCUGAACCGGUAUAUGGAUUUGUAUGAAGGGGGGAAGUAAUG